AUGGUCAUCCAAAAAGAAUUUGAUCUCACAGUGGGACUGUCGGAAGACAAGGAGGCUGUUGUAUCGUACUCAGACCUUACCCCGGAGUAUUCCACCAUCAGUUUGAACCUGGUGAUUGACAGGAGACGUAACUUGCAAGCACUAUUGAAUAAGAAGCUUCUGUGGUCAGCUCCAUGCUGGGUGGGGGUCCUCUCCAUCUCUUUAGGCUAUGGGUACUUCAAGUUGGCUGACUAUUUCAAAUACAUCCCCCUCCAAGAAUUGAUACUCAACAAUAAUUUCAGAUAUGAACUGAUAAGCACAUUGAUUCUUGCUGGAAUGGUCUUUUCGAUAUUCUUUGCAUUGUUUGCUUUGAAGACAGAGUUUCUACGUGCUGAUGCUGACAAGUUGGUCGAAGAGUCGGAGAAAGCCUUUGGAUUCGACCUUAAGGCUUACAGCAACUUACCAGUCAACACCGUCGAUGAGUACAAAUCAUUGAGAAAGACAGAUGACAAAGAGCUGGAACUGCUUGAAAAUGGAAAAAAUUCACAGAUAGUUAUUUACAGAGAAACCCCAAUUGCUGUAAUCUCCUUGGUGGUCGAUAAAGAUCCUAACCAGACGAACAAUUCGUCGUAUGUCGUUCGUAUCCAGAGCUUUGGGAUCCGCAGGGUUUAUGUAAAAUCGGGAAUAAUGAAAGAACUCCUGAUUUGGGCUCUUUACAGAACUCGAACUAUUGUGGAGGCCCUGAAUGCUUCUGAAGUGCUGGUUUUGUGUGAAUUAUACUCUUUUGAAAAAGAUGUCAUUCCCACAUUUCAAGAAUUGACAUUCAAGAAGAUCAGUUCUCGUCCACUGAAAGAUUGGUUGUUGGGAGGUAUUUACGGUGUUACCCAGGACACAUGGGCAAUCGGAUUAUUGGCCGAUGGGCAAGAUGGUUCUUCGAAGGAGGCUGUAUCUAGUGACUCCAAGUCUACAGAUCCAAGCGGUUUAAGAAAGAGAAAUUGA